AUGACGAAUUCAAACAAGGACCCGUAUGUUUCUAAAGCAACAAAGAAAGCACUCAUGGUAAAAAUCUUUAGUUCAACACCAAAUGCUUGGUUUAUGGAUAUCUUGGAAAACAUUCCGA